AUGGAAGAACCAUCUCAAGGACAGAAGCAGUUGGAGAUGACUUUCACACCUCCCUUGCCAUACCCUCAAAGGUUCAACAAGGAGAUCAAGGAUCAGCACUUCCCCAAAUACCUUGAAGUCUUCAAGAAGUUGGAGAUUAAUAUCCCCCUGGCUGAAGCAUUAGAGCAGAUGCCUCUAUAUGCGAAGUUCUUGAAAGAGCUUAUCAACAAAAAGAGAAGUUGGCAUGAGAAGGAAACCAUUAUGCUCAUUGAAAAAUGCAGUGCUGUGAUUCAAAGGGGCCUCCCACCAAAACUUAAGGAUCUUGGGAGCUUCUUCCUACCUUGUACCAUUGGUAAUCUAACCAUUGAUAAGGCACUACGUGACUUAGGAGCAAGCAUCAGUCUAAUUCCCUGUUCAAAUAUGAGAAGGCUAUGCAUAGAGGAGGUAAAGCCCACACAAAUGUCACUAGAGCUCGUGGACAAAUCAUUGGUAUUUUCCAGAGGAGGGAUUGAAAAUCUCCUGGUCCAAGUAGGGAUAUUCAUAUUCCCAGCAGAUUUUGUGAUCCUGGAUCUAGGAGAAGAAGGGAGUGACUCUAUUAUCUUGGGAAGACCCUUCUUGGCCACAACAAGGGCCAUCAUAGAUGUUGAACAAGGAGAGCUGACCCUAAGGGUGCAUGAUGAAAGCAUUACUCUAAAUGUCUUUCCAGAAGCACAGCAUAAUGAUGAAAAGGAAAAAUGCAUGGAGGUUGACAAAGAAGACUUGUAG